CGCCGCCAAGGCACGUGACUCUCCACCUCCCUCUAAUUCUUCUUCUCUUCUCUCUCCCCCCUCUUGUGUGUGUGGAGAAGGCCAUGGGUUCGAGGAAGAUGAAGGCUUCAGAGAUCGCUGCUCUAUUGGAUCUGAAGCCCCACCCUGAUGGAGGCUUCUACUUGGAGACUUUACGGGACUUCUCCAUCACUCUCCCCAAAUCUCAGCUCCCACCCCACUACAAGGUGGAUCGUCCUGUGAGCUCAGCCAUCUACUUCUUGCUGCCAUCAGGAGGCAUUGCUCCCCUUCAUCGCAUCCCUUGUUCUGAAACCUGGCACUAUUAUAUGGGAGAGCCUCUGACGGUGUUUGAGCUACUUGAUGAUGGACAGAUCAAGCUGACAGUCGUUGGACCGGACCUAGAAGCCGGCCAGCACCUGCAGUACACGGUACUACCAAAUGUCUGGUUUGGUGCGUUCCCAACCUUGGAUGUUGAAUCCUUUGCAUCAGAUGGCAGUGCUCUUGUCAAAGCUCCAGACAGGGACCCUGAGCAGCAUUAUUCUCUGGUUGGUGUCACCUGUGCCCCUUCAUUCCAGUUUGAGGACAAUGAGUUAGCCACUCUUGCUGAGCUCAAGGUUCUCGCUCCCAAUGUUGAACCCUUCCUCAGCUACCUCAUCCCUUCCAAAUCCUAGCCAAACAAGCGAUAGUCCAUCAGACUGGAUCAAAAUGAGCUUGUUUUCUUCCUUAUGUGGCUGCAGUUGUUCGAACUCUGAACAUUUUUCCUCUGAGCUACAUAUACUGCCUGUGAAAUUUCGAGUUGGAUGAGAAUCUUCAGCUGCAAUGGUGGAAUGUGUGGACUGCGUCAAUGGAAAUAAAUUACUAUUUAGCAUA